AUGCCAAACCCGAAAAAAAAGAAAACCGUUCAAAACACACCAGUUCCAAUUUUUACUACUGCACUAAAUUAUAUUUCAGAAAAUAUUUUUGAAAAAAAUGCAGCAAUAAGUGUACCAAGAUCUGAAAUAGCACAAAAAUUAGACUUUUAUAAAAAAAAAGCUGCAGUACCAAAUACGGUAAAGGCUACACAAAACUGGAUGAAGAAAAGUAAAUACAAAGCUAAGACAAUUAAACAAGCUAUCGAUGGAAUAAAUAGAUUUAUUAGCAAAAAUAGUGCAAUUCGUGGUUUUAAUUUACAUAACAAGUAUCAGUUUUUAGAUUUACAUGAUAUUUUAAAUAGUAAAAUGAAAGAUUUACAGAAAAAAGGAUUAGAAGAAAAGGAAGGAUCAAUAGCUUUAACAGCCCAACAAGUUAAAAAGAUUUUUACUCAGAUACUCCAGGAUGCUAAUGUUUCAGAAGAUACGAUCAUGAAUAUUACUGAACAUAAAAGUUUACAAGGAGUAUACACUUAUAAAAGUGUUAAUGAAAGUCAAAAAAUCAAUACAAUCAAAACUUUGAUUAAUUCUAUAGAACCGAAUCAAGAACCUUCUACAGUACUUACUGAAAUUACUAGGUUUCAUAUUAAUUUCAAUACGAAUACUGUUACAAAUACACAAGAUGUUAAUAUGGUUCAAGAUCAAAUUUAUAAAGAAUUUCAGAAUCAAC